AUGUCGUUUCCGUGUGACUAUUGCGACACGAGAAGCGCGGUUCUAUAUUGCAGACCGGACUCCGCGAAACUAUGCUUAGUUUGCGACCAGCACGUGCACUCUGCCAACGCACUCGCGCUCAAGCACGUGCGGUAUCAGAUUUGUCAAAACUGCCAAAACGACGCCGCUUCGGUUCGUUGCUUCACCGAUAACCUAGUUCAAUGCCUCCGCUGCGAUUGGGACGCUCACGGCGGCGACUCCUCUUCUUCUUCUUCCCAUCACCAUAACCACAACCGCCGCCGUCUCGACGGUCUCACCGGAUGUCCUUCCGUUCACGAGAUUGUCGUUGCGUUAGGGCUUGAUUUGAAGCCGAACGACGCGGUUUUUGUGACGGAUUUUGAAGGUCCUGUUGUUCCUGUUGUUCAGAAUAGAGAUGAGUUGUACGAACAAGUGGCGGAAGUUGCAAAGAGAAAGAGGAAUUUGGAACCUGAAAAUGAUUGUAGAUUCAGUGAUUGUAGCAAUGAAGUUGAUGAUUUGUUGUUGCUUCAGCAAACUCCGUUUACCUCUUUGCUCAAUUUUUCAUCGGAAUUUGAUGUCGGUGAUAAGAAAAGUAGUAACGAUUAUGGAAAUGAAUCUGGUGUUCUUCUCUGGAAUCGUAACCCUACUUAUCAGCCUCCUCAGGUCUGGGAUUUUCAAUUACAGAAAUCUAGAGAUAUGACAUAUGAUGGUGUAGAAGUAGUUCCAAAAUCAUUGCAGGAUGUGCAUAAUAAGAAUUACUCAACAUUUGGUGAUGAUUUUCUAUCUAGAAAUAAUCAUUCGGAUCAGUCAUCAUCAAGUCAUGUGAAGAAGAAAGUAGAAAGCAACAAGAAAACUAGGGAUGGGUUACCAACUGAGUCUAAAUUAGUUGAAUCCUUAACAUACAGUAGUGCUGCCGAUAAUGUACCUGUUAUGGAGUAUCUUUUGAGUGGGGGUGAAAAUGUUAGCAACAUAAAUGGCAAGGUUAGCUUGGAAGAGCAAGCAAGGAAUAGAGGGGAUGCCAUGUUACGCUAUAAGGAGAAGAAGAAAACUCGAAGGUUUGACAAACACAUUCGAUAUGAAUCAAGGAAGGCUAGGGCCGAUACGAGAAAGAGAGUGAGAGGGAGAUUUGUUAAGGCAGGUGAUGAUGAUGUUCAAGGAUGA